UAAAAUUUUUGUGUAGCAUAACUAUCAUUCAAGGUACUUGACAAAACAGUAAUCCCCCCACAAAGAGUACAAACUGGUAGAGUCCAGAGGGCGCGAGUCCCCAAACUGUUUUGGUUUGUGCGACUCGAGAAAAGCGACGAAAAGGCUCAGUCAGAACAAAGAGGCAAAGAUGAGUGAGGAGAACACUGAUGAGGUGAAGGUGCUUGAGGCUGAGAUUGAGCGUCUGAAGGUUGAAGUUAAAGUUUUACAGCAACAACAGCAGAAAAACCAUAAAGACAUAACGCUGCACUUCAGAGGACAAAUGCAGGAUGCCCUGGCAUAUGUGUGUGGACAGACACAAGGUGGCGAGGAGGAGAUGGUGCUGUCAAAGCUGAAGGAAGAGGUGGAGGAGAUGGAGGAAGAUCUGAAGCUGCAGACAGAGAUGAAUGGAAUCAGUCUGAAAAGCUGCAUCAUAAAAACUCUGCAAAACAGUGACAGUAAACUGGUCCAGCAGCUGAGUUUAUCAGGUCACUGCUCUGAACUCGUCUUCCAGGUAGAGUUCACGCUCUCUGAGGUCAAGGAGGGUCAGCGAUCUGAGAGGACGAUAAGUGAUCUGAACGUAGUGCUGGACUCCUGCGACCUGCAGAACUUCAGCAGCUUUCUGUCAAGGGUGGAGGAGAACAAGGAUCUUCUACUGUUAAUCAGGACUUUAAGAACUUUUUCAGACAGAUGCGAUGACCGGACCAGAACCUUCCAGCAUUUCCAAGAGAAGUUUUCGUCCGUCGUGUCUCUUCCUAGAGGCUGCAGGUCAGAGGUCAUGAGCCUGAAUCACCGCCAGCUUCCUGGCUGCAUCCUGUUCGUUCAUUGGUCGAUUCAGGUUUCCACAGAAGGUGUCGUCACUCCGAAUAUCAACCUGCUGACUAAGAUCCCAGAGCAAGCUCUGCAGCUGUUUCCCUCUCAGCCUGUGGGUGGCGCUGCUGAGGCUUUUCAGAGCCUGCUGAGGAUUUUGGGACCUGAAGCCGCCAUCGAGUCCGUCAUCAGAGCCGUCAGCCUUUCAUCAGACAUUUAAUGCACCAGUUUCUGACCAUACCACGUCCCAUAUCAUAGUCUGAUUGUCAGCACAUGAAGGAUGAUGGUCCAGCAGGAACACAAACAGACAGCAAAGGUUUAGUCUCUUAGAAAUCUUUAUUUUGAUAUAAAGAGCACGACUGUGACAGCAGUAACAGCAAAGCUUGUUGGUCAAAAUCUAUAAAAAUAAAUAAUUUAAAUACAAAAU